AUGACUAUUAACAUUUCUGACGUAAGAAUUUCAUUGAAAGUUUUAUUAAUUUUUUGCAAGUUUUGUUAACAAUUAUUUGAUGUUAUCUGUUUCAGAUUGAAUAUGAUUACCAAUUCGAGGUUAUGGCCCUAAAGAAGGAGGAUGUAACCAUCGAGCAAACUCUCAAGGAGAAAGUCGACGUUUCCAUUAAAUAUUACCGGAUCAAAUGGAAGAGAGAUAAAGUUGAAAUUGGACUAACCUUGACCAUAAAUGUUUAUCAAAAACACGCGGUCAAGCAAAUUGUAGACGACUGUGGAAUAAAUGAUGAAGAUUUCCAUGAAGGUGGUUAUGAAGGUGGCUCCGAGAAUCUGAUUUCCGAUGGAGAUUAUUGA